AUGGCAGAACGGAACUCCCGGCGAAGACGAAGACGCCGGCUUUCCCCCUCCACCUUCCUUCUGCACAUUCCCGGCGAAUUCGACUGCGGCGUCAGCGGCCCUUUGAGUCCUCCCAGGGCCCCCAGAAACCGGGAUCGCCUCUUGUGGCUGUCAGAGGAAACCAGCGGCAGCGAACCAGCAGCAGCAGCAGCACCACCGCCAGCAGAAGACCCCCCAGAAACGACAACAGCAACAGCAGCAGCGGCAGCAGCAGCAGCAGCAGCAGCAGAAGCGACGAAACCAGCCCCCUCCCCCAGCACAAUGCAAGGGGCUGCCGGGUGGAGCGACAGCAGCAGCGAAGGCGAAAGCCCUGGAGACGCUGCAGGCCCCAGGGGCCCCCCCGGAGGCCCCCCAGGUUUGCAGAACAACACAAUCUUCCAAGCCCUGAGCCAACAAGUGCUGUGCAUUCAAGGCUACUACGCAAAAGAAUUCGAGUCCCUGGCCUCGCCGCCCCCGCUGCUGCUGCCGCCGCCCAUCUCUGCAGCAGCAGCAGCAGCAGCAGCAGCGGCAGCAGCAGCAGCAGCAGCGCCGUGCCCACUGCUCUCCCGAGACGGCUACUGCAUGCUGUCGGCCUGCCCGUACAGCCACCUGGGCUUCUACCGGCACCACCAGCUGCAGCAGCAGCAGCACGAGGACGAGGAGGAAGACGGCCGCAACAAGUGGCACCCCAGAGCAGCAGAACUUUCCCCGCGCCACGGAAAUGCCCUUCCUUUAAAUCCAAAAGAAAUCCUUUUCAGAACUUCUGCACUUUUGCAAGACAAAGAACUCACUCUUAUUCGAGUGCCUCCGGAGCAGUUUUACACAGACGUCUACUGCGGGGGCCGUCUGAUGCGGGUUUUGGGCUAUUCGACAAUAAACUGGUUUGAAGAAACAAUAGCAAGAAUGGAGAAGGCUGAGGGCGCCGCCUCAGGCCCGCAAGCAGCAGCAGCAGCAGCAGCAGCAGCAGCAGCAGGCGAAGCAGCACCAGCAGCAGCAGCAGCAGCAGCAGCAGCAGCAGCAGGGGAGGAGGGCCUCGCUGCCACGCUGUGCAAGCCCUGCCGCUACGCAGAGAAAAUCCAAACUCUGGCCAGGCUCGUCCAGAAGCUGCUGCUGCAGGCGCGAGAGCAGCAGCAGCCGCGCUUUUGCUCUUACUUCGUCUAUUUGCAGCUGCGGCGGUGGCUGGUGCGGCUGCGCGACCGGACGCUCCUGGACCUGCACCCCUGCCCCUUCAAGAGGCAGUGCCACAUCGAGACGAUUCCAACUCUGCACGCUGCGCUCCAUCAGCUGGAGAAGGGCGCAUUCUUGCUGGGCCCCCAGUACGGCCGGCAGCAGCAGCAGCAGCUGCUGCUGCUGCAGCAGCAGCAGCAGCAGCAGCUCUUCAGCUUGCCUCCCCCUUGCCUGCCCGGGGAGCCGCCGGGUCCCCGCAUGUCCCUCCCUGAGCUGCGCGCAGCAGCAGCAGCAGCAGCAGCAGCAGCAGCAGCCCGGGGGGCCCCCCCCCUGCCCGCGCUGCUGCGGCACCACGCGGGGGCCCUCAGAGAAGCCCGGGGGGCCCUCGACUCUCCCCGAGGCAGCGAAGACACUGACAGCUUUUUUUGCGGCAGCGUCGUGGCCGAAGAGGAGUUUCUGGGUUCCCUCAGAGUCACCGUCAGCAGCAGCAGCAGCUCGUCGUCGUCGUCGAGCAGCAGCAGCAGCAGCAGCAGCAGCAGCGGCGGCGGCGGCGGCGGGCCGCUCAAGAUCUACGCAGUUGAAGACCUGCAGCUGUGA